UGGUAUAUAUUUUUAAAGUUACCUUAUAUCUUUCAUUUGCAUUGGUGUGCUUUGUUUUCUUGGUCUAUCUACCAAAGAAUUCAGUGAUAACAAUAAGAGAUAAAAUGCAAUAUGUGGCUAGAUUUCAUUUUUGGUUUCUCCGGCAAAGAUUUCUUAACACAUAAAUGAAAGAGAAGAGAACUUUACUUGACACGAGUCAUGUUCAAGCUGUUUUGUCUAUAAUCUAAUUGUCUAUAAUCAUGAUGGGCAUUUCUUGAAAAAAAAAAUUAAAUUUAGUUCCAGCUAUAAACUGCAUUUUUAAUCUAUGUCUAAUGCCUAACUAAUUUUGAAAAUUUGAUAUUGCAUGCUAAUUGUUUGAUAUCUUGCUUCACGUAGAUGUCUUUUAAAGAACACAUUGGUGUUGUUUGUUUUCUUGAUUUAUUUACCAACGAACAUAAUGAUAACAAUAAGAGAUUAAAUGCAAUAUGUUUCUAGAUUCAUUUUUUGCUUCUCCGAUAAAGAUUUCUUAAAUAAUCUAAUUGUCCAUAUUCAUGAUGGGGAUUUACAUUUCUUGAAAAAUUAUAUUUAGUUUCAAGUAUAUAUAACUGCAUUUUAAACCUAUUUCUAAUGCUUGACUAAGUUUGAAAUUUUGGUGUUACAUGCUAGAUAUAUUUGUUCGAGUAAAUAUCUUUCACACAUAUUUUUGUCAGCUUUAAGAGGUAUCUGCUGGAGCUUCUAUAUAUGUAUGUCAUCACCACUCUUUUUUGUACUGGAUAUCCGCAUUGCUUUGUAGCUGAACUUGAUAAUAGUAAUCACUUCCUAACCUGAUUUUGCGGAUAAACAAUUAAGAUAAUAGAUUUUAAAAAAAUGCAGCUUAUCAAAUUCCUAAAUUUGACAUUAAUUAUUUUGAGUACAUACUUUUAACAUACUACCUCCGUUCUCUUUUAAUUGCAACAUUGGACUUUUUACAUUAUUCACAUAUUCUACUUUGACUAUAUUUUAUUAAUUAAUGUUUUAUAAAUUAAAUUUUUAAAAAAUAUCGUUAAAUUCUUCUCAUUCUAAAUUUUCAAAAUAUGAUUUUUUGAAAUUUUUUACUAAUAAGGAAUGAAAGAUAUUAAUGGUCAAACUUGUGCGUUGGCAAACGUGAAAUGUUUACUGUUUCAAUUAAAAAUGAAAGGUAGCAAGUAUAUUAAGAGGCAAAGAAUAUUUUUUAACAUAUAUUCGGUUCUUAAUUCUUCUUUUGAGUACAUACUUUUCACAAAUAUUAAGAGGCUGAAAAUAUGUGUUCAAUAUUUGCUCAAAUUUAACAUACUUUUGACAUCAAUAUAUUGAUAUUGAUAUACGUUUGCAUCCAUCUUUGCACCUCCAACUAGAAUAUUUGUUGACAUCUUUUCAGUUGAUAAAGGUCAUAUUUAGUGUAACCGUCUAAGCUUCAUAGUCGUGUGUUAUGAUGGUGUACUAAAUUUCUCUAUUACUACUAUGUCAUUGGAAAGCAACAGAGGUCUCAGGUUAAAACAGUUUGUUGCAAGUUUUCUCUACAUGUUCGGAAGUUGAACUUCUUUUCCUCUACAUGUUCGGAAUUGAUUAGAGUAUUAGUUUGGAAAACUGCUCACCCUCACUCUCAGUGUCUCAGUACUGAUGCUUCUUUUGUUGAUGGAAAAAGCGCUGAUGAUGCUAUACUCUGCGAUUGAGACGGAAAUUUAUCUCUGCGCUUUCGUUCCUCUGGCGGUGGGGUCUGUUCUUCAGGCGGAAGCUUGGACAGUGCUAGAAGCUCUGAAAUGGUGUCAAAGGAUGAGAUAUGAGAGGGUCCAGAUUGAAACCGAUUCGGAAGUAUUAUGCAAAGCUCUCAAAAAAUCUACUUCAGCAUCCUAUCUGGAGGAAAUCAGCCGGUUUAUUGCUAUUCUCCAGGCAACCGUCGUUCAUUGUUACAGGGAAAUUAAUACAGUUGCUCACCUUCUUUCUCGAGAAGCUCUUCAAUCGGGCACACAUACAGUAUUUUCUUCACCAAGCGAACUUUCCAGAUUAGUUUUCACGCAGCUAUUCCUUGAUGUUGUUUUGACUCCUGCCAUCCGCUUUUAAUGGCGUUACCUCUUUUAUUUUAUUCAUGCUUUUGCCCUCGGAAUUGAUCAGAAUACAGGCGCCUUUGAGUUCCGCUGCAGUUGUCAAAUUCUUCACACCCAUUUUCAAUUUUCAAUUUUUUAUUCUAAUUUCCUUUCAA